AUGAUCAUUGCCGAGGUCAAGGAACUGGAAAAUCGACUGGAAGGAUUAGCAACUUUAAUGCGUGCCGCACUUGUUCAAAAUGAAACAGAAUUAAGGCAGCUCAUAGUUGCCAAUCAAGAAACUGUGGAGCUGCUCAAGGCAGAGCACUUCGAUUUCGGCAUCACUGAAAUAUUCAGCCCUUGCGGCUAUGCCAUUUUCAGCAUAAUCGGUUUGAAUAACUAUGCUACUGCAUUUACAAAUAUUUGCUCAGCUCCAGCCGCAGAGUUUUCGCGCACCACAAGUUCGCGAAGGAUCUCGCUGCGAAUUGAUUUCUGCCCGUCCUUAAAUAACUUGAUAGUGAUUUACCCGUUUCAGCGAUAUAUAGUGGACAACAAGCCGGGCAGAAGUGAAGAGAUUCACGCCGCACCACUUCGACCAUCUGGUAAGUCAAUGGGCAAUUUAGAAACUGUGGACCACUCGGAUGAAAUAAAGGUUAAGUUUUCUUUUAAAUUACUUGCGAACAAAGCUGACAUCUGGAAAAUGCAGGAAGCGGUCCGUAAGAGUACGUUUGCACUUACCGAUUCCGAAGAGCUGCUGGAAUUCCCACGCUUGGUUAGCCAUAAGGUUGUUUUCAUUGGAGGCAUUGCUGUGAAUACACCGAAACCACUGAAGAAGGUAAAAAAAUUCAUUAUGCGCUUUCGCACAUACGUAAAUGCAAUUAAUAGCAGAGCGCACCAGAAUAACCGGUGCGACCAUGCGUUUUGUGCAAUUCCAUCCACCGAGAACGAUUGCCUUUUAAUGAGAUUCACUGCUUUGCACUUUGAUCUGUGCAAAAAUAAAUGA